AUGUUGAUAGCACCUAGUGUUGAGGAUUCUUGCAGUCUAUUCUCCUCAUUAUACUGGCACCUCUCAUUUUGUGGGAAAACUAAUGGUGUGGGGAGAGCAGACCAGUCGGUUUUGGCGUCUGAAGACAGGAUAAAGUCACUUUCGGGUGCCUACGAAGGCAUCAUGGAAGAAGUGGAGUUGGAAAUGGAAGAAUGGGAACGAUGUCCACCAAAGCGUCAAAUUGCCUUCGUUUCCAUUCACCGAGCAUACUUUUAA